AUGUUCAGUGUGGGAGGUGAAGAAAGGUAGGGAGUCCGAGGAAGAGAAAAACUAGUGCGAGCGAUGAAGAGAUCAAGAGGGAGGGUGUCUACGGAAUAUAUACUAAACAAAAAUAUAAACGCAACAUGCAACAAUUUCAAAGAUUUUACAGUUCAUAUGAGGAAAUCUGUCAAUUGAAAUAAAUAAAUUAGGCCCUAAUCUAUGGAUUUCACAUGACUUGGAAUGCAGAUAUGCAUCUGUUGGUCACAGAUACCUUAAAACAAAUGGGCAUCACAAUGGGCCUCAGGAUAUCUUCACGGUAUUUCUGUGCAUUCAAAUUGCCAUUGAUAAAAUGCAAUUGUGUUCAUUGUCUGUAGCUUAUGCCUGCCCAUACCAUAACCCCACCACCACGAUGGGGCACUCAGUUCACAACGUUGACAACAGCAAACUGCCCGCCCACACGAUGACAUACAUGUGGUCCGCGGUUGUGAGGCUGGUUGGAUGUACUGCCAUAUUCUCUAAAACAACGUUGGAUGCGAUAUAUGGUAGCGAAAUGAACAUUCAAUUCUCUGGCAACAGCUCUGGUGGACAUUCCUGCAGUCAGCAUGCCAAUUGCAUGCUCCCUCAAAACUUGACACAUCUGUGGCAUUGUGUUGUGUGACAAAACUGCAUAUUUUAGAGUGGCCUUUUAUUGUUCCCAGCACAAUAAUAAUAAUAAUAAUAUGCCAUUUAGCAGACGCUUUUAUCCAAAGCGACUUACAGUCAUGCAUGCAUACAUUUUUGUGUAUGGGUGGUCCCGGGGAUCGAACCCACUACCCUGGCGUUACAAGCGCCGUGCUCUACCAGCUGAGCUACAGAGGACCACAAGGUGCACCUGUGUAAUGAUCAUGCUGUUUAAUCAGCUUCUUGAUAUGCCACACCUGUCAGGUGGAUGGAUUAUCUUGGCAAAGGAGAAAUGCUCACUAACAGGGAUGUAAACAAAUUUGACAUUUGAGAGAAAUAAGCUUUUUGUGCAUGUGGAACAUUUCUGGAAUCUUUUAUUUCAGCUCAUGAAACAUGGGACCAACACUUUACAUGUUGUGUUUAUAUUUUUGUUCAGUGUAAUUUUUACAUAUUAACUUAUUAUUCUGAGUGGGUGGGGGAGAGAGUGUAUUGUCCUAUAGAGUGUACAGAACACUAUAAUAGUUUAUUCACAGCACAGAACCUGUGACUCAGAUGAGUAGCUGGUAUAAAAGGGCCAUUCAAGCUGUCAGGCAGUGUCAGUCACGUUCUACUGGAGGUCAUGUGACACCAUAAUCGUAAAUGUAGAAUGGACCAGUGUUGAACCCGAGACCAUAACAAGCUAACUCCCGGUCUGGGGGCAACAGUUGACUUUUAGGUAGUCCCAGGCAAGGUUGCUCCUCCUGCGACGUGCCCACUUAGCGAAGGCACUACCUCUCUUACACUCAUUGACAUUUACAUUUUAGUCAUUUAGCAAAUGCUCUUAUCCAGAGCGACUUACAGUAGUGAGUGCAUACAUUUACAUACGGGUCCCCCGUGGGAAUCGAACCCACAACCUUGGCAUUGCAAGCGCCAUGCUCUACCAGUUGAGCUACACAGGACCACUCACCUCCCUUUGACCUCUUACUCUCCAGAGCAACCCCAGCUGCUGAUACAAAUCUAUUGUGUGAUCUGUGUCAACCUCAGAGUCUAGAGGUACUGGAUAAGAGCAUUUGCUACUAGCCUACCCACAAGUCCACUGAUCCAGUCCCAUCUGCCUCCCAUCUCUCCCAGCCCUCCCAUCUCUCCCAGCCCUCCCAUCUCUCCCAACCCUCCUUUCCCUCCAAAGCAACAUGACCUGUUGAUUCCCAGACUGAGGUUUCAACCGUCGCCUCCUAGCCCCAUUCUGUUCAUUAUCCUCCCAUAUUUCACUCAUCCCCUUGCUUGGACGACAGUAAACCGGAUUAAGAUUGAGCCCAAAGAUUGUCUUACCGUAAAGCUACACUACAUAAAAAAAGAAAGUCGUGCUUUUGAGUUGUUUCAAAGCAUCAGUCAGCCAUGUAUUGAAUUGGCUCUGAGUUUUCUGCCCAACUGCCUCCCCGAGUCUUGGGGGGGGAUCAGUUGGACUGGUAAUUGUUAUUGAUUGUUGUCCUUGUAUCUGAUUCAGCGGGUAGAUCAUUUGGGGACUGGAGCUUUGAGCUUUUGUUAUAAUCAGGACGAGCAGAGAGUCCUCAGGACAACCUCAUAUCAGAUGUAUCCCUCUCUCCUCUCAUCCAUCCAUUGUUUAUCUGGGAACAAUAGAAGGGAAAAGAGAAGUGUGAGAGGCCUCUGAUGAAAUGGCCAAGUCUAUUCAACCCAUCUUUUUAAUAGUGAGUUAUUUAUUGAACCUUUCUUUGGCCUGGUAUGUCCUAGAGGACAACUACUCUUUUAUAGUCGGGACAUGGGGUUAGCAGGGAAAAGCUGAUAUCUAGACCAGCUGGAGCACAGGAUGUAUGGGGAAGCUAUUUCUUUUGGACUGGGUAGUAGACAAUGGCAUGGACAUAGUCAUGUGCACACACUAAAGUAGGCUAAUUGGAGAAGUUGACGUGCCCAGGCCAUGACUAAUGUUCAGCAAAAAGAGAGCGGAACAGGGUAGAGCCUAGCUAAUUGAACAAUAGAGCUAGCCUAGGUAUGUUAGGUUAAUUUGAAGACGUGAACUAGCGCAGAUAUGCAAGGCUAAUUUGGAGAAGUCAGUUUGUGUAGGUAUGCUAAGUUUAAUUGGAGUUGUGGAUGUGCACAGGGCAAAGUUGAGCUAAUCAGAGAUUGGUAUGUGUGUGCUAGGAUGAUGGUUUAAUUGGGGAAGGGUGUGCUUGCAGGGCAGUGCAGCCCAUUUUCUCCAUCACCACGGGAACCCGAUAAAAAUAAUGAACUGGACGGCAUGGCACAGAGAGGAGAGGAUUAGACACACAGAGAUGAAAAGAUAGAAUAGCUCAUUUUUGUCUACCACUUUCCCUUCUUGUUUCUUGCCUCUCUCUCUGGCUCUGUUUUCUGUUUGUGUUGUCAUUUUUCCCUCACCCAAAGCUAUAAAUGGGAAUAAGAAAAUCACUGUCCUGCUGAGAAGUAAUCUAAUUUUCCCCUCACUCUCACUCCCUCUCUUCCUCUUUUUAUUGUCGCUCUCUGCAUCUCUCACCCCCUUUUUCUCUCUCCAGUUGGCUCGGUGCAUCUUUGCCUCUAAAAUUAUUGAAUUGAAUAAAAAAACACCGCCAGGGAGCUGGACCUGUUUAAUUUCCUCACUAAGCCCUGAAAUGGCAGAGUAUAACCCAAUUCCUGCAAUGGAAAAUCACAAUCAUAAGUGUGGACAUGCAAUGUAGGCGCAGGGUUGAAACUAAAGGCAGGUUCAGUUCAUUCAAUGAAAUGGACCUCCCCUCACUCCCUCUCCCUGCCAGUCCUAAAGCCUCUCUCCUCCUUGGGGUGGUCCAGUCAGAUGUCCCCAUCCCCCCUCUGUCCUGGUUCUGAGUUGUGUGGUGUGCAAACAGACAGAUGGUCAAACAGACUGGUCUGUUCUCAAUGCAAGGCCUUGGAUCUCAGACAAUGGGCUUCAGUCUCAGCCCAGAGACAGGGAAACCAAACAAAGAAGGGAAAGGGAGAAGAAAACAACCCAAAGAAGAGGACAUGUUUUGAAGUGCUGUUUUCAAAGGGCUGUGGCUGUGCAUUGUUGGAGAGAGUUUGUUUGUGCAAGCAGACGCUAUAGAUCACAUGUGUCAGACUCAUUCCACGGAGGGCCGAGUGUCUGCGGGUUUUCGCUCCUCCCUUGUACUUGAUUGUUGAACUAUGGUCACUGAUUAGAGAGGGACGACCCUCGCCUGGUUGAAAUGAGGUUGACACCCCUGCUAUAGUGUGUCUUUGGCAGUCUUUGACAAUAGGAUGUUCAAGUUCUAUUCUAGAUUAACAUGGGUGGAUUUUCUCUCUUUCCUAUCCUCCCUCUCUUCUAUCCUCCCUCUCUUCUAUCCUCCCUCUCUCAGGUACCACAUGUCUGGUGGCCCUGCUGUCUGAUAAAGAGUUGACGGUGGCGAACGUUGGAGACUCGCGCGGAGUCCUCUGUGACAAAGACGGCAACGCCAUCGCCCUGUCACAUGAUCACAAGCCCUACCAGCUCAAAGAACGCAAGAGGAUCAAGAAGGCUGGUGAGCAAAAGGACAUGCCUUAAUAACUGGUUUAGGAUCAGUUCUCUCCACCACUAGCCAUGAUCUUAAACAUUAUAGAUGAAACUACACAACUAUCCCUGGUUCAGCUGUUAUAUUGUAGCUUCAUUUGCCUCUGCCAAAUGAAGAUCCCCCCCCAAAAAAAUAUAUAUAUACAUACAGUAUCUCACAAGUGAGUACACCCCUCACAUUUUUGUAAAUAUUAAAGUAUAUAUUUUCAUGUGACAACCCUGAAGAAAUGACACUUUGCUACAAUGUAAAGUAGUGAGUGUACAGCUUGUAUAACAGUGUAAAUUUGCUGUCCUCUCAAAAUAACUCAACACACAGCCAUUAAUGUCUAAACCGCUGGCAACAAAAGUGAGUACACCCCUAAGUGAAAAUGUCCAAAUUGGGCCCAAAGGGUCAAUAUUUUGUGUGGCCACCAUCAUUUUCCAGCACUGCCUUAACCCUCUUGGGCAUGGAGUUCACCAGAGAUUUACAAGUUGCCACUGGAGUCCUCUUCCACUCCAUGACGACAUCACGGAGCUGGUGGAUGUUAGAGAACUUGCACUCCUCCACCUUCCGUUUGAGGAUGCCCCACAGAUGCUCAAUAGGGUUUAGGUCUUUAGACAUGCUUGGCCAGUCCAUCACCUUUACCCUGAGCUUCUUUAGCAAGGUGUGUUUGGGGUCGUUAUCAUGUUGGAAUACUGCCCUGCGGCCUAGUCUCCGAAGGGAGGGGAUCAUGCUCUGCUUCAGUAUGUUACAGUACAUGUUGGCAUUCAUGGUUCCCUCAAUGAACUGUAGCUCCCCAGUGCCGGCAGCACUCAUGCAGCCCCAGACCAUGACACUCCCACCACCAUGCUUGACUGUAGGCAAGACACACUUGUCUUUGUACUCCUCAACUGGUUGCCGCCACACACGCUUGACACCAUCUGAACCAAAUAAGUUUAUCUUGGUCUCAUCAGACCACAGGACAUGGUUCCAGUAAUCCAUGUCUUUAUUCUGCUUGUCUUCAGCAAACUGUUUGCGGGCUUUCUUGUGCAUCAUCUUUAGAAGAGGCUUCCUUCUGGGACGACAGCCAUGCAGACCAAUUUGAUGCAGUGUGCGGCAUAUGGUCUGAGCACUGACAGGCUGACCCCCCACCCCUUCAACCUCUGCAGCAAUGCUGGCAGCACUCGUACGUCUAUUUCCCAAAGACAACCUCUGGAUAUGACGCUGAGCACGUGCACUCAACUUCUUUGGUCGACCAUGGCGAGGCCUGUUCUGAGUGGAACCGCUGUAUGGUCUUGGCCACCGUGCUGCAGCUCAGUUUCAGGGUCUUGGCAAUCUUCUUAUAGCCCAGGCCAUCUUUAUGUAGAGCAACAACAACAAAAAUCUGAUCCUCAGAGAGUUCUUUGCCAUGAGGUGCCAUGUUGAACUUCCAGUGACCAGUAUGAGGGAGUGUGAGAGCGAUGACACCAAAUUUAACACACCUGCUCCCCAUUCACACCUAAGUGAAAAUGUCCAAAUUGGGCCCAAUUAGCCAUUUCCCCUCCCCGGUGUCAUGUGACUCGUUAGUGAGGGGAAAUGGCUAAUUGGGCCCAAUUUGGACAUUUUCACUUAGGGGUGUACUCACUUUUGUUGCCAGCGGUUUAGACAUUAAUGGCUGUGUUGAGUUAUUUUGAGGGGACAGCAAAUUUACACUGUUAUACAAGCUGUACACUCACUACUUUACAUUGUAGCAAAGUGUCAUUUCUUCAGUGUUGUCACAUGAAAUAUAUAUAUACUCAAAUAUUUACAAAAAUAAAUAAAUAAUCUGGAGCAGUAUCCAUGACUACUCACACGACCUUGAUCUCAGAUUAUUAUCUUAACGUUUCCUUGAUUUCAUCAUAGCUUUAUAUAGAUCAGGGGGGGCAGUGAGUGAGGAAUGGAAUGCACUCCUCAAGAAAGCCCCAAAAAACGUCUACAGAGCCCAUUGGCCUGUGAUGUAAUUAUCAUUUGUAUACUGUUUCAUAUUCUCCUUAAUGUGAACGUGAUUUUGAUUACAUUGAGCCUUUAGUCAAAUUGGUAACAAAUCAAGUAGGACACACAGCUGUUAUUGGUGGCUGUCCAUAGCUCACCAUUGCCAUCUACAGGUUGCUGUGGGUAGUGGAGCUGCAAAUAAGUAAUGACAGCGAACUGGGUAAGCUAGUUGGCUAGCAGUUUCCAGUAACUGACCUAAAUAACUGUGUCAGUGGUCAUAAGUUCACACCAGCUGCCAUGACCAUCUACAACAUCUGCUCUGUCAUUAUUAUGACAGUGGUAUUAUGUAGCUAUUAUGAUGCAGGGUUCAAGUUAAGGGUAACCCUGUGUUUCCCUCCCGUUGAGGAUGGCUUCCAAGUAAAGCCUUUUAUCCAGUGUGUUCCUCUGAUUCCUCUUCAUGGGUAAUUCUCUGGUGCUCUGACAGUGGGAGAGAAUACAAACAGACAGAGACACACAGGCUACGCAGCCCUCUCUUGUGUAUACUGUUUAUUUUUCUGCUUUACCUUUGAACUUCAGUAUGUGAACUGUGUCCAAUGUAAACCAUUCUGUCGGUGAAAGGAUGUUAAACCAAAGAAAACACAUUUGGUACGAUGAUCCAUUUAUUUUUUUCACCCUUCACUUGAAUGGCUUCACACUGUAGUUGAUAAAGAUGAAUGGAUCUGCUCAUGGGCUGAGGAACACAAAAAUGUAUUUUCUCUUCAUCCCAUGUGCUGUAACUCUCUGUCAUCCAUCCUCCCCCCUCCAGGUGGCUUCAUCAGUUUCAACGGUUCGUGGCGUGUUCAGGGCAUCCUGGCCAUGUCUCGCUCGUUGGGCGACUACCCUCUGAAGAACCUGAAUGUGGUCAUCCCUGACCCCGACAUCAUGACCUUUGACCUAGAUAAGCUGCAGCCAGAGUUUAUGAUCCUGGCGUCGGACGGGCUGUGGGAUGCGUUCAGCAACGAGGAGGCCAUACGCUUCAUCAAAGAGCGCCUCGACGAACCCCACUUUGGCGCCAAGAGCAUCGUCCUGCAGUCUUUCUACCGCGGGUGCCCAGACAACAUAACCGUCAUGGUGGUCAAGUUCAAAGGUGCCAGUGGCAAGGCCGCAGAGCAGUAG